AUGGCGUGGACAGUUGCGAACUUCGUCGCUUUGGCCACCGUUUUUGGUUUCCUCGCCGUCACGUCGGUAUUUCUCCGCUUCUGGACCCGAAAGUUCUCCAAAACAAGGUUUGGGGUAGAUGAUGCUUUAAUCAUACCAGCAGCAUUGGGCGUCGUAGGGAUAGCUGUGACGAUGAUUGUGGGAACGGCGAUCGGGGAUAUGGCCCAACACCAGACCAAUGUCAUAGGACCCCAUGGACCUGUGUUCACUGUGGUGCUAGCCAACUAUGAGAAGUGCAACUACAUCCUCCAGAUUCUUCCGUUGAUUUCUCUAGGUCUAAGCAAGACAUCGGUUCUAUUCUUCUAUCGUCGGAUUUUCCAUGUCCAUCCGCGGUUCCUAGUGGUGAACACCGUCCUCAUCGUACUUGUUGCCGCCUGGGCGACGGCCUUUCUCUUCGCAACCAUAUUUCAAUGCAAAACUCCAGCAACCCUCUGGCAUUCAUUCGAAUACGCUAGAAUUGGAUGUGUGCAAACAUUGCCGUUCUAUUAUGCUGUAUCAAUAUCCGGCUUCAUUACAGACCUACUAAUACUAGUUUCUCCUCUGCCUCUCAUACACACCCUGCAAAUGCCGCUAAAGAGCCGAAUAGCAGUUUCGUGUAUUCUUCUUCUUGGAGCAGUUGUGGUUGGUGCAGGAGUGGCGCGGUUUGUCACAUUUAUUAAUGUCGGCCGCGGUAUCUUUGCUAAUAUAAAUGAUCUCACCUACUUCACUACUCCUGUCUUCGCUUGGACAAUGAUUGAAAGCUCUCUUGCUGUAGUAGGCGCGAACCUCCCACUACUUCGGCCACUACUACACCGCAAGACGUACACAUCAUCACAAGCAUGGUCACUACUCAGGUCAAUAAGACCUAGACGUACCUUCCGAGAUAUCAACGAUGAACAGAUCAGUCUAGAAAGCGCCAGCAAAGAUUCACUGCAGUAUACCACCCAGAACUUGGGCAGCUUGAGGAACGUGGAUCCAAGCCUUCAUCCUAAGCAGGUGGCGGAAGCGGUAAAGCAAGAGCAGUCUAACACUCCAGAGCGAGGCAUACAUGUACAGAAGGAGUUUGAGCUUGUGUGAGUGGGGCAACGCACGUUGAGGUCUCGUUCAUCGUUAUGCUUCCUGCUACCCACUUUGAUGACUCCCAGUCGGCGCUGGGAGGAGUAUCUAGGAGUGAAUGGAGACUCCCGAAAAAUC